CCAUUUUUUUAUUAGUCACGUGUGGUUUGAUUUUUAAUUUUAUUCGUAUUCAAAAAAAAAAAAAAAAAUUUCAUACCAUGGAUAUUGACAUUCCUAAUGAAAUAUCAAUCUAUAAUUUUAUUCAUUCUCAUAUCGUCGAGAUAAAUGCAUUGAAAAAACAAUGUCAAACAAAACAAUGUAAAAAUGUUUUGCAACGCGUACCUCGCCAUAUACGAAGACGAGCUGCUAGUAAUAAUCCAAAACGUUUGCCAAAAAAUUUACAAAAAUUCAUACCACAAAUUAAAUCUACAAACAAAACUUUAUUAAACAAAAGAUCAUCAAAACGACGACAAUGUAAACGAAAAAUCCGUAAACGUAAUAAGGAUUCUCGCCGUACCAUUUUACAUAUGUGGUUUACAAAACGUUUCAAAAUGGAAUUAUUAUGGAAUAUUUUUAUUCCAUGGAAAAAUAAUAUGAAAAAUCAAAGAAUCUUAUAUCGUGGUACCAAGAACGGUAGCCUAUGCUAUUAUCUGCCAUUUUUAAAAACAUUUCUAUUACAAUCAUUGGAUUCCAACAUCGAAAGUAUUUAUGGACAACUUUCAAAUUUUAUUCCAGCCUUGCAACUGGAGCAACUGAAAACAGUUCCUGUUCAUCAUUCUAUCAAGAUAAAUUUAUAUGAAUACGAAAAAUAUCCAUAUAAUUUAAUCGGUCCUUGUGAUGUUGUCAAAAUUGAACGUAAUGACAAUUUAUCUUUAUCCUUUACAGCACAUCAACUUUUUUUCGAAGCCAUAUUGGAACAAUUUCUCAAACACAAUAUCACAUUAUCAUUUGAGCCAAUAGAUUGUUCUUGCGUUCGUCUUUAUGGUCCACAUUCAUUUGCACGUCUCAGCAAAAAAAUUGGAAAAAAAAUUCCAACAUUGGAACAUGAAAAAUGGCAUGGUUUGGAUCUAGAUCAAUCAACGAAUUUGAAUUUUUCAAUGUUUUUCAAUAAUUUGGAAAAAGAAAUUAUUGCAUUUAAACAGUAUCGUCUUGAUAAUCAAAUUGAAACAAUUGAGAUUUUAAUUCCAAAUCAAAAUUUGAAAAAAAUUUGGAAUAAAAUUAAUGCAAACAUGGCACAUUUGGUUGGCGGACUACGUGAUUUAGAAGUGAUGACAGUCGAUACCAAUACAUUACUGUAUCCAAGAAUCGGUUAUAGAGAUUGUAUGUUUAAUCGUGAUAAAAACCCGAAUACAUCUUGUGCAAUUGGAUUCAAUUUUGAGAACAAAUAUAUCAUUCGAAGUCAUGAAAUUUUAUCCAGCCUCGAUACCUAUCAUUCAGUUGAUAAAAUUGUCUGCAAUAUUAUUGACCCCGAAAAUGCUCUGAUCCAGGUCAUGGUGGAUUAUCUAAGAGGCACACCCAAUACUGAUGACAUAAUUAUAGUUCCCAAAUCAUUGGAUCAUUUAUCGAUAUCUACUGAUGAUGGUGAUUGUUUGAAAACUGAAAAUAUUAUCAAUACUGUUAAUGAUGAUGAUCAUGAACCUAUUGGUUUAAUCGAAUACGGAUGUUUUUCAAUGCGAAUGGCCCAUUCACGUGCCAUCGGUAUCAUUUCUCUUCAAGGCUUGGAAAAAUUAUUUAUGGUCAACCAGAAUCGAACGAAAAUGUAUACAUUGGUCAAAACAAAAUUUAAUCAUUUUAGAAUGGUUACAAUUUCUCUUAUUAUUUGUUAAUCAAUUCUAUAUGAUAUUUUUUUUAAUAAUUUUGAGAACAUAAUUAAUAAAAUCAAAAUCGUCUAUUUUAGA